AUGGCCCCUCUGCCACUCAUCUUUGCCUUUUGCUUCAUUGGCAUGGUGAUGAGCCAGACAACACCCACUCCCGCUGCCCUCAUCACUUCUCUGGUAGAGAACGCCACCGCUGUGACGCCAACUCCCGCUCUCAGCAGCACCACCCCCAGCUGCUCAGCAUUCAACACUUCCAACUGCGAGCCCUGUGCACCGGGUUCACAGUACGACAACGGCACCCUGCUGUGCGUGUGCUGCUCCGAGCCUGGGCUGUGUCUAUUUCCAGGAGCCUGUCUACCAUGCACCGUUGGCUUUUAUCAGCCACUGGCUGGACAGCAGCAGUGCCUGCCCUGUCGACAAGGCUUCUACACAAAUUUCACUGGGAGCCCACUGUGUCACCCGUGCCUCCCUGGAUCUUUCAACAACAACACUGGUGCCGACAGCUGUGAAAGUUGCUCCCCAGGUUUCUUCUCCUCGCUGCACAGUUCCACAUCGUGCGCACCGUGCUCAAGAGGAACUUUUUGCAACUCCUCCGGUUGCUCCCAAUGCCAGACGUGUCCCGGCGGUUCAGAGGCGCUACAGGCCGCAGCAAAAGAGUGCACUCCGUGUCGGCCGGGCAUGCAUAAGGCUCCCCAUCAGACAAUGUGUCAGAUCUGCAGCAGUGGCUCCUUCCAGAUCCACUGGGGCCAAGAAAGCUGCGACGUCUGCCCGGAAAACCAUUACUGUCCAAGUCCAGACGUGAACCCCAUUCAUUGUCCCAGCGACGCCUUCUGUCCAGAGGGGAGCUCAGCUCCGGGCUACUGCAUGGAGACUUUCUUUCGCAAAGCGGGCGACACAUGUGAACUGGCCCCGGUCACCAUCGCUUUAUUAGUUAUUGGAGGAGGGGUGGCUCUACUCCUCAUCAUUCUAAUGGUCCUACGGAAAAUGAGAGACACCGACCGGGAGCUUAGCAUGUCCCGAGCGCCGCUAUUACGCAAAGAGAGGCCUCAAGGUCGCUACUACGGAAUUCCCUGUGAUGGGGAGCCCGUGUAUGCCGGCUGGUGA